UCAACGUUUCUCAUCUCAUCAUGGUCACACAAAAAGGCUUCGUCUCCGAUUCUCCGACUCUCCGACUCUCCUUCGUCACUUCCAUAUUUCCGGCUCUCCGUCUCUCUCACCGUCGUCCCUCGAUCUCCGUCCGUCCGGCGCCGAUUUCCAUUUUCGGCGGUGAGUUGACUCCAAACACCAAAGGUUUGGUACAUUUCAAUUCAGAUCUACAUUUUUAUAACCCGACAACCCAACCCGAUCCGAUCCGAUCCGAUCAGAACUGACCUUAUAUACUUUAUCUAGUUUCGUCCGCUUUCGUCAAAUUGUUUCAAAACGCACUCAACCCCUAAUUCUGUAGAUCCGGACGGUUUGAAUCUCCGAUGGGUAUCGCCGACGGAGAUUCGGAAUCGACCUCUCUUCUGCAAACUACAGCCGUUGCUGAUAUACCCAAUAAGGUCCCUAAAGAUUCAUUCCAUUUAGCCUACAUAAUCUACUUUACCUUGGGAUUUGGUUACCUCCUUCCGUGGAACGCUUUUGUCACGGCUAUUGACUACUUCUCCUAUCUCUACCCUGAUGCAAACGUUGAUCGCAUCUUUGCUGUUGUUUACAUGGGGGUUUCCUUCAUUUGCCUCGUCUUCAUUGUCUUUUAUUCCCACAAGUCUAAUGCACACUUCAGGAUCAACCUGGGAUUGGUCCUUUUUGUGUUGACCCUGCUUGUGGUUCCAGUUAUGGACGCGGUUUACAUUCAGGGUCGGGUUGGGUUGUACGAGGGGCUAUAUGUGACCAUCGGAUCGGUGGUCUUGUGUGGUGCUGCUGAUGCCGUAGUGCAGGGUGGGGUGAUUGGCUCUGCCGGUGAGCUGCCGGAGAGAUACAUGCAGGCUGUUCUUGCUGGCACCGCUGGUUCUGGGGUCCUUGUUUCGCUUUUGAGGAUUCUAACAAAAUCGAUAUACCCACAAGAUGCGAGUGGUUUGAGAGAAAGUGCGAAGCUUUACUUUGCGGUUUCCAUUGUAGUUAUGGUUAUAUGUAUAAUAUUUUACAAUAUGGUUGAAAAGCUACCAGUGGUAAAGUAUUACAAGGACUUGAAGGUACAAGCUAUGAACAUGGAGGAAGAGGAAAAAGGACCUCUGACUGGGGCGGUAUGGAGAUCAACGCUGUGGCAAAUAAUAGAGAGUGUCAAGUGGUAUGGGUUUGGCAUUGUCCUCAUCUAUUUAGUAACUUUGUCAAUAUUUCCAGGAUACAUUACUGAGGAUGUUCAUUCUUCCAUUCUCAAAGACUGGUACCCAAUUCUCCUCAUUACCUGCUACAACGUGUUCGAUCUUGUUGGCAAGACCCUCACUGCAGUUUAUGUUAUUCAAAAUCCCAAGAUUGUUAUUGUUGGAUCUGUCGUGAGACUCAUGUUCUUUCCACUCUUCUUCACAUGUCUUCAUGGCCCCUCAGUCUUCAGAACCGAGAUUCCAGUAAUGUUGCUGACUUGUUUGAUGGGUCUCACCAAUGGCUAUUUGACAAGUGUUCUGAUGAUGUUGGCUCCAAAGGUUGUCCAAUUACAACACUCAGAAACUGCAGGAGUUGUCAUGGUUUUGUUCCUGGUCACCGGUUUGGCAGUUGGUUCUGUCGUGUCUUGGGUCUGGAUCAUUUAACUUUAUCUACUACUUGUGUAAUCUAAACACGGACCUCAAAAUCCGGUCUCUCAUCGUUACUCCUUUUCAUUUGUUCAUAAAGCAUGUAUUGAUUUCUAAUGAAUGUAUAGACCCUUGAAAAGUAUCUAUGUUUUCAAGUACUGCAUCAUUUGUUUAA